AUGGCAUCGUACAAUUCUGCCUUGCAAAAUUCGUUCUACAUUGGCAAUAGCUUCAACUGUAUCUUGUAUGGCAUCGAACUUGUCCUUUAUUUCGUGACCAUGCACAACUUCCUGACGGCCAAGAAACGGGAACAUCGCAGGAAGUCCGAUAGAUUUUUCAUGUGCUUCAGUACCGCGCUCCUACUCCUGAUUACCAUAUAUGUGGCGACGCAGUCCGUCUUUGGUGAGGAGAUGUGGAUCGUUAACGCCAACUAUCCAGGGGGAGAUGCGUAUUAUGCAUAUGAAAAUCUAUCUGUUUGGUACGAGACCUUGGGAACAGCGGCUUUUGUGGCACUCAAUUUAUUAGGCGACGGACUGUUGAUCGCCCGAUGUUGGAUUAUAUGGGGUAAUUACUACAUCAUCAUAUUCCCUUGCUUCCUAUGGAUUGCUACGCUGGGCCUGGGCAUAUAUAUCCUACAAACAGCGGGUUCUUUCAAUGGCAGCUCUAUCACUUCGCUGAGGGUUGGCAUUGCAUAUUGUGCUGUCAGCAUUGGCCUCAAUGUAUUCGUGUCUUGUAUCAUCAUCGCGCGCAUGCUCUAUUAUGCCCGAAGAGCGCAAAGAUGUCUUGGAUCCCACAUAUCACGAGUUUACUUUAGCAUUGCCGCCAUUAUCGUCGAAUCGGCACUACCGUAUAGCCUGUUCGGUAUAGCGUUCCUCGUCACUUGCGGACUCGAGAGUGGGCUGGAGAUCCUGUUUAUGUCAAUUUAUGUCAUGCUUACCUGUAUAGCACCACAAAUGAUUGUCUGGCGCGUCAUUUCUGGAAGAGCGUGGACGAAAGAUGAGGCGGAGGAAAGUACGAUAAUGUUUUCAAGUCGGCCCAGUAGACCGACGAUCCCCGAUGUCAGUCAGAGCGACGCUGUCAUCGACUUGCGCAAUAUGAAGGGAGAGCUUUCUCUUGCUGCCAGCGCUGACGAGGUUUGA